UUAAAUUUUUUAUUGUUAAAUGUUCAUUUAUAUUUUUAUAAAUAUAUGAAAAUAAUCAUUUUCUUCCCGUGUAUUAUUAUCUAUCUAACCGCCAAGCCAUAAAGGCAACCCCAACUCUACUCCAUUUGGUUAUCGAAGCCGAGCCGAAUCGACCUCUCUUCUCUCGCUUGCUUUCUUGCUUCAUCGUCUCGUAAAAUAAUGGAGAAAGCGAUCAAUAGGCAGCGAGUUCUUCUCGAUCACCUCCGUCCUUCUUCAUCGUCUUCGCACAAUUAUGAGUCCUCCCUCUCAGCAUCGGCGUGCUUGGCUGGGGAUAGCGCCGCGUAUCAUAGGACUUCGGUGUAUGGAGAUGAUGUUGUGAUUGUAGCAGCAUAUCGAACUCCGUUGUGCAAGUCUAAGCGUGGUGGUUUCAAGGAUACUCAUGCUGAUGAUUUACUUGCUCCUGUUUUGAAGGCAGUGAUAGAGAAAACAAAUUUGAACCCAAGUGAAGUAGGGGAUAUUGUUGUGGGCACAGUGUUGGCACCGGGAUCUCAAAGAGCAAGUGAAUGCAGGAUGGCUGCAUUCUAUGCCGGUUUUCCUGAAACUGUGCCUAUUAGGACUGUUAACAGGCAAUGUUCGUCUGGGCUUCAGGCAGUUGCUGAUGUAGCUGCAGCUAUCAAAGCAGGCUUUUAUGACAUUGGCAUUGGAGCUGGUUUGGAAUCCAUGACGAGUAAUCCAAUGGCUUGGGAUGGAGAUGUGAAUCCAAAAGUAAAAGCCUUUGAGCAAGCCCAAAAUUGCCUUUUGCCCAUGGGUGUUACUUCAGAAAAUGUUGCACAUCGUUUUGGGGUGACUAGACAGGAGCAGGAUCAGGCUGCAGUUGAGUCUCAUAGGAAGGCAGCUGCUGCUACUGCUUCUGGCAAAUUCAAGAAUGAGAUAAUCCCUGUGGCUACCAAGAUUGUUGACCCAAAAACUGGACAUGAGAAACCUGUCACCAUCUCCGUUGAUGAUGGAAUUCGUCCUAACACAUCAUUAUCAGAGCUAGGAAAACUGAAGCCUGUGUUUAAGAAAGAUGGAACCACUACCGCUGGGAAUUCUAGCCAAGUAACUGAUGGUGCUGGGGCUGUGUUGCUCAUGAAAAGAAGUGUGGCAAUGCGUAAAGGGCUACCUAUCCUUGGUGUGUUCAGGACUUUUGCUGCUGUGGGUGUGGAUCCUGCCAUCAUGGGCAUUGGUCCGGCUGUAGCAAUUCCAGCUGCAGUGAAGGCUGCUGGACUAGAACUUGCUGACAUUGAUCUUUUUGAGAUAAAUGAGGCAUUUGCUUCUCAGUUUGUUUAUUGCCGUAAGAAGUUGGAGCUUGAUCCGGAGAAGAUCAAUGUCAAUGGAGGUGCAAUGGCCAUUGGGCAUCCUCUAGGUGCAACAGGUGCCCGCUGUGUAGCCACUCUACUGCAUGAGAUGAAGCGUCGGGGUAGAGAUUGUCGCUUUGGGGUGGUGUCCAUGUGCAUAGGCACGGGAAUGGGAGCAGCGGCUGUUUUUGAAAGAGGGGACGCUGCUGAUGAUCUCUGCAAUGCCCGGAGAGUAGAAACCAAUGACCUGUUAUCCAAGGAUGCUAUGUAGACGGAUGCUUUUUUUCUUCCUUAUCGUAGAACUAUCAAAUAAUAUCACAUUGGGGAGUUCCGAAUUUCCAACUAUUGAUAAACAGUAUAAUAAAGCGGUUUAAUUUUUUUUA